AUGUCUAAACCCUUCGGAGGAAGAAUUGCUAUAGUAGGCACUGGGAGCCGUGCUGCGAUGUUCGUCCGUGGGAUCGUGGAGCGGCCUGAAACUAGUCGUGUUGUGGCGCUCUGCGAGCCCAACACUGUUCGCGCCGCGUAUUACAACGACCUCCUCAAGUCUCUGCGCGCGCCGGAAGUCCCUGUGUACCCGCCCGAUGCAUUCAAGGAGAUGCUGCAGAAGGAGAAGGUUGAGGCGGUUGUUAUCACGUGUAUCGACGCGCUUCACGAUCUGUAUAUUGUCCCAGCAUUGGAGGCAGGAGUUCGCGUCCUGACGGAGAAGCCGAUGACUACCGACGUCGAGAAGUGCCGUCGCAUUCUCGAAACUGUGAAUCGUACCAACAGCCCCAUCAUUGUGACCUUCAACUAUCGUUACAACCCCGUCCACGAACUCAUCAAACGCACGAUUGCCGAAGGGAAAAUCGGCAAAGUGCUAUCUGUCCACUUCGAAUGGCUGCUCGACACCGUCCAUGGAGCCGACUACUUCCGGCGCUGGCACCGUCAGAAGGAGAACUCCGGCGGCCUUAUGGUCCAUAAAUCGGGCCACCACUUCGACUUGGUAAACUGGUGGAUCGACGCCGAACCUGUGACGGUUGCAGCCAUGGGCGGGUUGACGUUUUACGGAGAUAAAGCUGGGAAGGCAAGUGGGUGGGCCAGAGAUUAUGAGCGCGCCAGAGGUAGCGAGGCCGCGAAAAGCGAUCCGUUCGCUAUCAAUUUAGAAGCCGACCCUACGCUCAAGAAGAUAUACGCCGAUGCCGAAAGCGUGGAUGGGUAUUACAGAGACCAGAACGUUUUCGCGCCUGGAAUCGGGAUCGAGGACGACAUGAGUUUACUCGUCAAGUACAACAACGGCGCUACGAUGACAUACCAUCUAACGGCCUAUUCACCUUGGGAAGGGUACCGUGUAAACUUCAAUGGUUCGCAAGGUCGCCUUGAGCUGGAGGUGGUCGAGUCGGAGUACCGUCUCCCUGUCGACGUCUCCCAGAUGGACGGGCUAAUUCAUGGGACCGAAUCCCUUCCUCACGCCGGCGGCGUACGCGUCACGCUACAGAACCUCUGGCAAAAACCUGUCCAGCUCCCAGUAAAGGUCGAUCACGGCUCGCAUGGAGGGGGGGACACACGCAUGUUGAGCGUCCUUUUUGGACCGUUGCCUGGACAGGCUGUCGACCAAGGCGACGCGGCGAAGCAGGGGGCCACGGAGAGAGACGGCGCGCUGGCGUUGGCGGUUGGGUUGUUGGCGAACAAGAGCUUUAAAAGCGGCAAGUUCGAGCAUGUGAAGGAUCUGGAGCUCCCGUUGUAA